GGGUCUAGUUGCCUCCUUCCUUUAGACGACACUAAAACUCUCAACUAAAUCUCUAGGGUUUUAGCAACUCUCACCUGCCUCCAUAUCCCUUCUCUCUCAACCAUGGACGCCACCGUCACCCCAGCCCCAAUCCCCGACCCGAACCCGAACGCCGUCUCCUGUUGGAGCAACAUCGUGAAGAAGCAGCCGGACCCAAAGCCCCAAAACUCCUCCGACUCCUCAAUCGCCGCCGGCAAAGUAUUCGUCGAAAGCUGUAAGUCCUCCAAGGGCAUAGCCGUCGCCGUCGUCGACGCCAAUGCUAUCAUUCAAGGCGGCGAGACCCUCGCCCACUGCGCCGACAAGUUCGUCUCCGUCCCAGAGGUCAUGGACGAGGUCCGUGACCCUGUUUCCCGCCACCGCCUCGCCGUCGUUCCCUUCCAAGUUCAGACCAUGGAACCCACCCCUGAAUCCCUCAAUAAAGUUGUUAAGUUUGCGAGGGCUACUGGGGAUUUACAGACACUGUCAGAUGUGGAUGUUAAGCUCAUUGCUAUGACUUAUACAUUGGAGGCUCAGAUACAUGGCACUGAGCACCUCAGGGACUGUCCUCCGCCGGUGCAUACUGUCAAUGUGAGGAGGUUGCCGGAGAAGGACUUGCCCGGGUGGGGAAAUAAUGUGCCUAAUUUGGAAGAGUGGGAAGCGCUGGAGAACGAAGCGGAGGAUAAGUUGAACCCCAGUUCGAGGAUUCUUCCGCUGAAAGAUAUAAACUUGAAUGUUAUUGAGGAUUCUGAGAGUCGUUCUGUUGAUGGUUCUGCCGUGGAAGUUACGAGUGAUGUUCGUUCUGAGAAUCAGGAGGGUGGUGAGGGCAUUCAGGGGAGACAUAGGAGAUAUUUUCCAAAGAAGAAAGAGAUAAAGAUUGAAGGAAAGAUGGUUUCGGAUGGAAUUGAUGCAUCCCAAGGACAAGCUGAUGAUAAUGCGGGUGAUUGGAUGCCUGCCGUCAGUCGGAGUACACAUAGAAGGUUUUUGAGAAGAAAAGCAAGACGUGAGUCUUAUGAGGCAUCGGCUGAUAAUGAUUCUCAGCAAGAUGCUGAGGAAAACACCAGUGGUGACGUACUUGUAGAUGCUAGGAGCCAGGAUCAAACAUCGCCUUCUAAAUUUGAAGAGGCAUGUUGCAGACCUGUGGAGAGUGAGAUGACAGAAGAGAAGAAUUUUGAUGAAGAUCUUUCCUCAAUCCUUGAGCAAACAAGGCGUGAUGAAGAUUCACUAAGGGCUCUUCAAAAAGGGAAGGAGCAGCAUGGGGUUGAGGAUAAUGAUUUCAAAGCAGGGGAAAGCACUUCUGAUAACAGUGUGAAUUUUGCUGUUGAGGGAGAUGAGGUUGAAGUGAUAAAUGAAGGUCUGGAUCACUUGGAGAUCUCAAGUCAUAAUGAUGGUAGUGUUGAUACAUCAAAUGUUAACGAUGAUAGCAGUGAGCAGAGCUGGAUGCUGCGAUCCUUAUCUGAGUCUAGUGUAGCAUGUAUAACAAGUGAUUUUGCAAUGCAAAAUGUUAUUCUGCAGAUGGGUUUACGGUUGUUGGCACCAGGAGGAAUGCAGAUCCGCCAGCUGCACAGGUGGAUUUUGAAAUGCCAUGCUUGUAACACUGUGACUGCUGAAAUUGGGAGAAUAUUUUGUGAUGGAGUCUAG